AUGACUAUGGCUGGGGGCAGGAGGGGGCUGGUUGCCCCUCAGAACACGUUUCUGGAGAAUAUUGUCCGGAGGUCCAAUGAUACCAACUUUGUGCUGGGCAAUGCUCAGAUAGUGGACUGGCCCAUCGUCUACAGCAAUGAUGGAUUUUGCAAGUUAUCAGGAUACCACAGGGCGGAAGUCAUGCAAAAAAGCAGUACCUGCAGUUUUAUGUAUGGGGAGCUGACAGACAAAGAUACAAUUGAGAAGGUGCGGCAGACAUUUGAGAAUUAUGAAAUGAACUCUUUUGAAAUCCUGAUGUACAAAAAGAACAGGACACCUGUGUGGUUCUUUGUGAAAAUCGCUCCAAUUCGAAACGAACAGGAUAAAGUGGUUUUAUUUCUUUGCACUUUCAGUGACAUAACAGCUUUCAAACAGCCAAUUGAGGAUGAUUCAUGUAAAGGUUGGGGGAAAUUUGCCCGGCUAACCAGAGCGCUGACAAGCAGCAGGGGGGUCCUGCAGCAGUUGGCUCCCAGUGUGCAGAAGGGUGAAAAUGUCCACAAGCAUUCCCGCCUGGCUGAGGUCUUGCAGCUGGGUUCAGACAUUCUUCCCCAGUACAAGCAAGAGGCACCAAAGACUCCCCCUCAUAUCAUCUUACAUUAUUGUGUUUUCAAGACCACCUGGGAUUGGAUCAUCUUGAUCUUAACUUUCUACACUGCCAUUUUGGUCCCUUACAAUGUCUCUUUUAAAACAAGGCAGAACAAUGUGGCCUGGCUGGUUGUGGACAGUAUUGUGGAUGUCAUCUUCCUGGUGGACAUUGUGCUUAAUUUUCAUACUACUUUUGUUGGACCAGCCGGGGAGGUGAUCUCUGACCCCAAACUCAUCCGCAUGAAUUACCUGAAGACCUGGUUUGUGAUUGACUUGCUGUCCUGUUUGCCAUAUGAUGUCAUCAAUGCAUUCGAGAACGUGGAUGAGGGAAUCAGCAGCCUGUUUAGCUCACUGAAAGUCGUUCGACUCCUACGCCUAGGACGAGUGGCCCGCAAGUUGGAUCAUUACAUAGAGUAUGGAGCUGCGGUCCUUGUCCUGCUGGUGUGUGUGUUUGGAUUGGCAGCCCACUGGAUGGCCUGCAUCUGGUACAGCAUUGGAGACUAUGAAAUCUUUGAUGAGGAUACAAAAAUGAUCCGUAACAACAGCUGGCUCUACCAGCUGGCUAUGGAUGCUGGGACACCUUACCAGUUCAAUGUAUCUGGCCUGGGGAAGUGGGAAGGUGGCCCAAGUAAGAAUUCUGUCUACAUCUCUUCCUUGUAUUUCACCAUGACCAGCCUCACCAGCGUGGGGUUCGGGAACAUUGCCCCCUCCACAGACAUAGAGAAGAUCUUUGCAGUCGCUAUAAUGAUGAUUGGCUCCCUCCUGUAUGCUACCAUUUUUGGGAAUGUCACCACCAUUUUCCAGCAGAUGUAUGCUAACACCAACAGGUACCAUGAGAUGCUCAACAGUGUUCGGGACUUCCUGAAGCUCUACCAGGUGCCAAAGGGACUCAGUGAACGAGUCAUGGACUAUAUUGUGUCCACUUGGUCCAUGUCCAGAGGCAUUGACACUGAGAAGGUUCUCCAGAUAUGCCCCAAGGACAUGCGGGCUGAUAUCUGUGUGCACCUAAAUCGCAAGGUGUUCAAGGAGCAUCCAGCAUUCCGGCUUGCCAGCGACGGCUGCCUGCGGGCGCUGGCCAUGGAAUUCCAGACAGUGCAUUGCGCCCCUGGUGACCUCAUCUACCACGCUGGCGAGAGUGUCGACAGCCUGUGCUUUGUGGUUUCAGGUUCUUUGGAAGUGAUUCAGGAUGAUGAGGUGGUAGCCAUCCUGGGAAAAGGAGAUGUGUUUGGAGAUGUGUUCUGGAAGGAAGCCACGCUUGCCCAGUCCUGUGCCAAUGUCAGGGCCUUAACCUACUGUGACCUGCAUGUGAUUAAGCGGGAUGCUCUGCAGAAAGUGCUAGAAUUCUACACAGCUUUCUCUCACUCCUUCUCGAGAAACCUCAUCCUCACGUACAAUCUGAGGAAAAGAAUUGUGUUUCGGAAGAUCAGCGAUGUGAAGAGGGAAGAGGAAGAGCGAAUGAAACGGAAGAACGAGGCCCCCCUGAUCCUGCCCCCAGACCACCCUGUCCGGAGGCUUUUCCAAAGAUUCCGGCAGCAGAAGGAGGCCAGGCUGGCAGCAGAGAGGGGAGGCCGGGAUCUGGAUGACCUGGAUGUGGAGAAGGGCAACAUUCUGUCAGAGCACUCCUCUGCCAACCACACAGCAGUAAAGGCCAGUAUCGUCACCGUCCGGGAAAGCCCAGCCACCCCUGUCUCUUUCCAGUCGGCAUCUACCUCAGGGGUAUCAGACCACGCCAAACUACAUGCCCCUGUGUCUGAGGGUCUGGGCCCCAAGGGGGGUGGGGGAGAUUGUCCCCGACGCAAAGGUUGGGCUCGUUUCAAAGAUGCCUGUGGGAAAGGGGAGGAUUGGAACAAAGUCUCCAAGGCCGAGUCGAUGGAGACACUCCCCGAGAGGACAAAGACAUCUGGGGAGGCCACCCUAAAGAAGACGGACUCUUGUGAUAGUGGCAUCACCAAAAGUGACUUGCGCUUGGACAAUGUUGGUGAGACCAGGAGUCCUCAGGACCGCAGCCCUAUUCUUGCAGAGGUCAAGCAUUCCUUCUACCCCAUCCCUGAGCAGACUCUUCAGGCCACCUUGCUGGAAGUGAAGCAUGAGCUGAAAGAGGAUAUUAAGGCCUUGAACAAUAAAAUGGCGAACAUUGAAAAACAGCUCUCUGAGAUACUAAGGAUAUUAACUUCCAGAAGAUCUUCUCAGUCCCCCCAGGAGCUUUUUGAAAUAUCAAGGCCUCAGUCCCCAGAAUCAGAGAGAGACAUUUUUGGAGCAAGCUGAGAGGCCCAUUUAUUUAAAAAUUAA